AAUUUCAAAUUAAAAUCUCCACCCUCGCCUCUUUCCCCGUUCCUUAACGACCAAUUCACACACACACAGAACCUGCCUCUGUCUCUCUAUCUCUCUCUAGAUCCUCUCUCUCUCUAUUCCGAUCAUAUUACACAUAUACAUACAUCUUUCCGAUCUGAUCUAUAUCUUUAUCUAUCUCUAUAUAUUAUAACUUAAAUCAUGACGGCGACUAUGGAGAGCCUCAUCGGAUUAGUUAAUCGCAUACAAAGAGCUUGUACUGCUCUCGGUGAUUACGGCGGCGAUGAUUCCACUUUCUCUUCUCUUUGGGACGCUCUUCCUUCCGUCGCCGUCGUCGGCGGUCAGAGUUCUGGAAAGUCUUCUGUGUUAGAGAGCAUUGUCGGCAGAGAUUUUCUUCCUAGAGGAUCUGGGAUUGUCACUAGACGUCCAUUGGUGUUGCAGCUACACAAGACAGAGGGCAAGCAAGAAGAGUAUGCUGAAUUUGGACAUUUGCCCCGCAGACGUUUCACUGAUUUUGCUUUGGUACGUAAGGAAAUUGAAGAUGAAACAGACAGAAUCACGGGGAAGACAAAACAAAUAUCUCCCAUUCCAAUUCAUCUCAGUAUAUACUCACCAAAUGUUGUCAACUUAACUUUAAUCGAUUUACCUGGAUUGACAAAAAUUGCUGUUGAUGGACAGUCUGAUACGAUUGUUGAGGAUAUUGAAAAUAUGGUUCGGCUUUAUGUUGAUAAGCCCAACUCCAUCAUACUAGCAAUAUCUCCUGCGAACCAAGAUAUUGCUACGUCUGAUGCAAUUAAACUUGCUAAGGAAGUGGAUCCAUCAGGCGAACGCACGUUUGGGGUUGUGACAAAGCUUGAUUUGAUGGACAAAGGAACCAAUGCCUUGGAUGUCCUUGAAGGAAGAGCAUAUCGUCUUCAACAUCCUUGGGUGGGAGUUGUGAACAGAUCCCAAGCAGAUAUUAACAAAAAAACAGAUAUGAUGUAUGCAAGGCGAAGGGAGAGGGAGUAUUUUGCUACUAGUCCUGAUUAUGGUCAUCUGGCCAAUAAAAUGGGUUCUGAGUAUUUAGCAAAACUUUUGUCGCAGCAUUUGGAAACUGUUAUCAAAUCUAAAAUACCAAGCAUCACUUCCUUGAUAAACAAAGGUAUUGAUGAGAUGGAAGCCGAGUUGGACCGUCUUGGGAGGCCAAUCGCAGUUGAUGCAGGGGCUCAGUUGUACACCAUCUUGGAACUUUGCCGUGCUUUUGACAAAAUUUUUAAGGAGCAUCUAGAUGGAGGGCGACCUGGAGGUGACAGAAUAUAUGGAGUGUUUGACAACCAGCUUCCUGCUGCUUUAAGGAAACUUCCAUUCGAUAGACACCUUUCUUUACAGAAUGUGAGGAAAGUUGUUUCAGAAGCAGAUGGUUACCAACCACAUCUGAUUGCUCCUGAACAAGGUUAUCGACGUCUUAUAGAGGGCUCAUUGAAUUAUUUUAGGGGACCAGCUGAAGCUUCUGUUGAUGCUGUCCAUUUCGUUCUGAAAGAACUUGUCAGGAAGUCAAUCGGAGAAACCGAGGAGCUGAGACGGUUUCCAACUCUGCAAUCAGCUAUUGCUGCUGCUGCGGGUGAAGCAUUAGAAAAGUUUCGUGAUGAAAGUAAGAAGACAGUUGUGCGGCUAGUUGACAUGGAGUCUUCAUACUUGACUGUGGACUUUUUCAGGAAACUUCCCCAGGAAGUUGAGAGAGGUGGGCCUGCUCCUCCACCAGGAGAUCGUCGAACCUCAUCCGCAGAUCGCAGAAACCCACCUGCAGACCGGGGAAACCCUGGUUCAGAUCGUGGAAUCCCUGGUGCAGACCGUGGAAAUGCAGUUGACCCGUUAGGAGAUCGUUAUGGAGAUGCUCAUUUUAGAAGGAUAGGUUCAAAUGUAUCAUCUUACAUCAGUAUGGUGUCUGACACAAUCAGGAGCACAAUCCCAAAGGCAGUUGUUCUGUGUCAAGUUAAAGAAGCCAAGCAAAACCUACUCAACUAUUUUUACACACAAAUAGGGAGAAAGGAGGGCAAACAACUAGGGGAGUUACUAGAUGAAGAUCCAACUUUGAUGUCCAAGAGGCUAGAAAUUGCAAAAAGGCUUGAAUUGUACAAGGUAUCGAGGGAUGAGAUUGAUGCUGUGUCAUGGGUGCGGUGAUCGUGAUGUUAGAAUUUUCACCAGCCCGGUGAGGGGAAAGUUCGUCAUUUUUUUGAUGCUCAUUGUUUCACACUUUAUUCUUGCUUUCGGUUUGGUCCUUGAUAUGUUAGGGAUGUAGCACAUGCACAGUUAAUUUUGUGAGUAUUUUUUAUGGAGGAUAUUUGUUGUACAUCAAUAGAAACAGCUCUUAUUAUUUCUUAACUAUGUGGGGAAUGAUUAUAUUGUUAAGGUAUUGUUAUCCAUA